UCUUACUUUUUAAGCUCAUAAAAGCUUCAUUUCUAAGUUUUAUCUUUGUUUCAGGUUUCAAGUAAACAUAUAUACAUGCCAUACAAUGGCCUUGAACUGGGAAGUACCUCAGUUUUUUGACUCAGACAUGACUUGUAUCCAGCAGAAUCUAGAAGCAGAGCUAGUAGGAGAUUUCCUUCAAUGUGUUAAUUCAGACUAUUCCAAUCCCCAUAACUUUCUCGAUCCAUGGUAUGACCCCUGUAAUCUUCUUAACCUCGAAAAUCCUAAGUUUGAUCAUCUGCUUCCACCUUUUUCUCUCAAACCUGACAUGUUUCCAGUACAAGAUUUCGAACCUUACCCCCAACCGAAACGCCAAAAGUGCUCGAAAGAGUACUAUUGCCGGGAUCUUACACCCACUCUCUCUAAUGGGUUUGCUCCAAAUCCAUGUCCUAGGCCCGAGUUUUUUUCCGGGGCCUUUACUACUCCGGUGCUCAACUUUCAGCAUCCGGAGGUUGUUGAUGGCAAUACCAGAAAAACUAGUGUUGAAAAUGUGGGGAAGAAAGUGGAAGAAAGAAGUGUAUCGCCGCAGAGUAUCGCGGCAAGAGAAAGGAGGAGGAAAAUCACAGAGAAGACUCAAGAGCUAGGGAAGCUUGUUCCUGGAGGAAGCAAGAUGAACACAGCUGAGAUGCUCACUGCCGCUUACAACUAUGUCAAGUUCUUGCAGGCUCAGAUGGGGAUUCUCGAGUUCAUGGGGUCCUUUCAGGAAAUGAAGGCAGAUCAUACAGCUACCAAGGAACUACAUGUCGUUGCAUCUCCUACUAUUCAAGAGAAGCUCUAUAUGGAGCAUAAGUGCUUGGUCCCAAAGGAGUUCGUAGAGGUAUUAGCAAACCAUUUUGAUGCUGAAUCGAAGCCUUCACUCUCCCACAAGCUCAACCUGCUGCUCAAAUCUAGCGGAUAAUAGAAUAAAUGCAUGUAAAAAAUCUUGAUUUUCAGGAUUCUAUUUCGUUAUCAUUUUUCUUUUAGCACGUCAUGUGCAUAUGUUUCUUUUGUUUGAAGUAUAUGCAUUUAACCUUUUUUUUUUUAUCAUUCAAACUCAUAAUAUUUCUUACUCUUGAUCUAUAUCACAUGCACCAGUUGUUUCAUUACUACAUAGAAUAAUACUCAUCUGC